AAAAUGCUGCGAAAUAUAUUGCAAAAAUUCGAAGACCCGAAGCGGCCUUUGCUUGGCCCAAAUCACAGAGCACUCACAUUCUGGGGCUUACUCCUUCCACGGAGUGUCUUUAAGAAAACCUUUUAUCUUUCAAUGCAUGUGUUAGUCACCAUUUUUACGGCAACCGAAUACGUCGAUAUUUGGUUCGUAAAAGACGAUAUGAAUUUGCUUCUAAACAACGUUAAAAUCACCCUUUUAGCGACAGUAAGUGUAUCAAAGGUGCUCACCUUUCUGUCGUGGCAAAAGCAUUGGAAGGGAAUCAUUGAGUACGUUAAUAAAGCUGAUUUAGCACAAAGGAGCCGGGAGGAACCAGUUAAGAAGGAACUGAUUGCAAAUUACACGAAAUACUGUAGGAAAAUUACAUACUUGUAUUGGUCCUUGAUGUACACUACGGUUAUAAUAGUCAUGGGUCAGCCAGCUUAUAAGUAUUUCUCCUCUGAAUUAUACAGGGAAAGUGUAAAAAACGGCACGGAGAAUUACAUUCAGGUUGUGAGCUCGUGGGUUCCUUUUAACAAAAACACACUUCUUGGGUAUAUAGUUGCUUCUAUAUACCAGAGCUAUGGAGCUAUAUAUGGCGGAGGGUGGAUUACAUCUUUCGAUACAAAUGCCAUAGUAAUUAUGGUGUUUUUCAAAGCGGAGUUGGAAAUGUUAAGGAUUGAUUGUGGCAAUAUUUUUGGGCGCGGGGAGAUUGUUGAUGACAAGGCAGCCAUGGAAAGGUUGAAAAAUUGCCAUAAGCGGCAUGCGGAAUUGAUCGCAAAUGCUGCCUUAUUCGAUUCCUGUCUCUCACCCAUUAUGCUGUUAUAUAUGUUUGUUUGUUCGGUGAUGCUUUGCGCUACUGCCUACCAAAUAACGGUAGAAACAAAUCCCAUGCAGCAGUUUCUAAUUGCCGAAUAUCUUAUAUUUGGUAUAGCUCAGCUUUUCAUGUACUGUUGGCAUAGCAACGAUGUUUUGUAUGCGAGCAAGGAUCUAAUGCUUGGUCCAUAUGAAAGCUACUGGUGGUCCCGUCCGGUCCAACAGCAAAGGGUUAUAUGCAUACUAACUUACCAGUUGCGUAAAACUAUAGUCUUUACCGCUGGUCCUUUCAACAAUUUAACGGUUGCUACGUUCAUUAAUAUCCUGAAAGGUGCUUACAGCUAUUACACAUUACUCAGCUAA